AUGGCGACUGCAUACAUUGGUGGCGUUGGUCAUUUUGACCACACAAAGGAGACUUUUAGCUCCUAUACGGAGCGUUUGGACAUGUUCUUUUUAGCAAACAACAUUGUUGAUGUGGUUGGUGCGGAACCAGCAGAUCUCCUCCGUCAAGCGGGGGUGGUGGCGAGAAAAAAAGCGAUUUUCCUUCGCGAAAUUGGGGCGGAGGUUUACACCGUCCUGGUAAAUCUCACGUCCCCAGAUAAGCCCAGGGACAAAACCUUGGAUGAACUCUUCACAGUACUAAAGGCGCAUUUCAAUCCAGCCCCAUUGGAAAUUUCUGAAAGCUUUCACUUUGGCAAACGUGACCAAAGGUCGGGGGAGAAUGUGAGCGAUUACAUUCUGGCCCUCAAGAAACUGACCUUGCAUUGUAAUUUUGAGAACUAUCUGAACCGAGCAUUACGGGAUAAGUUUGUUGGUGGCCUACUGGAUUCGAAAAUCCAAAAUAAGCUGCUGAACAUUGCUGACUUGACUUUCGAACAUGCCUGCCGGAUAGCGUCGGCAAUGGAGAUGGCCUCCAAGCAGGCCAAAGAAAUGAGACCAUCUGGAAAUUCAAACGGAGUGGUUAACAAAGUAGGAGAGUCAGACUACUACAAGAAACAGACACCAUCAGGUGGUCGAAAAAACCGAGGUACUGUCUCAUGUUAUCGCUGUGGUGCCAAUCACUUGGCUCCAAAUUGUCCUCAUAAGGACGUGGUUUGCAGAAAGUGUGAGAAAACGGGACACUCUGCAAAUCGAUGCAAAUCUAACAUGACUGCAUCAGGAAAGCCAACCGGAGACAGCCGCCACAAAUCCUACAAAUCAAAGAGUGGUGGUGUGAAUCUAGUAGCGGAAACCGACGAGUUUGGAGCAGAUGACGAUGAACUUGGAAUUUACAACGUGUACGCUGUGUCGUCUGAAAAGACUGGGUACUUUGUGACGCUAGACUGUAACAAUACCCCUUGCGAGCUGCAAGUGGACACAGCAGCAGACUUUUCCAUAAUGUGCAAAACAGACUUCGAUACUAAGUUUGCCUGUACCCAACUAGAGAGGUCGAACAUUCGUCUGAAAACAUAUACAGGUGACCACAUCAAAGUAUGUGGCACCUUUGAUUGUAAUGUAUUGUACAACAAGCAACAGGUCACCUUGCCGAUGGUAGUUGUAGAUCACGUAGAUCGCCCCGCACUUCUGGGUCGAAACUGGUUGGCAAAGUUGAAACUUGACUGGGGUCAAAUACUCAGUGUAAACACGGUUAAACGAACGGGGAAUGCCAAGGCAAGGCUAGACCUUUUGCUUCGUAAACAUAGUAGACUGUUUGAGGACAGUUAUGAUGGUAUGAAGGGUCAUGAAGCUCACAUUAGGGUAAAACCCGAUGCUGCACCUGUCUUCCAUAAGCCGCGAAACUGUCCAUACGCCAUUCGCGAUAGGGUUGAGUUGGAGCUGGAUAAACUGGAAAAAAAUGGCGUAAUGAAGAAGAUCGAUAGAUCUGAUUGGGCAAGCCCAAUCGUUGUAGUCCCAAAAGCGGACGGGUCCGUCCGAAUCUGUGGGGAUUACAAGGUCAGUGUAAAUGGCGCAGUGGAAGACGAGCAAACCACCCUUCCUACCACCCAAGAUUUGUACCAACAGUUGUCAGGCUCAAAGGCAAAGAUGGACCAGAUUCUACAGGGAAUACCCAAAACUGUGUGUAAACAAGAUGACAUCUUGAUGGGUGGCGAUGAUGACAAUGAGAACCUGGAUAUCUUAGAACGGGUGUUAGACCGACUAAGUGAAAACAAUGUUCAUUUGAAAUUACCCAAGUGUAAAUUUCUUGAAACAAAAACUGUAUAUCUUGGUUUGGAAUACAGUGGUGAGGGUCUCAGACCUGUAGAGUCAUCGGUUGAAAGGCUCCUCUCCCUUAGAAUGUUUCGCAGCUGA